UUUACUGAAAUAGAAAGCAAUAAAAAUUCAAUCUUUAAAGAACAGCUGUUGCCAUUUUCUUCUUUGAAACUGUUUUUCUUCGUUUUCAGAAAGCAGAUUUUUGCUGGCUUGCUCUUGUUUCGGGGAUUUCUUUGAAACUGUUUCUUAUAAAUCAAGAAAAGCUGUGUUAUUGUUGUUUAAGCAACUAAAAUCCAAUCCUUUAACCUACUUUUGUUUCUGGGUUUCGUUUCACGAACGUAUUUUUCACAAUAGAAAUCAUCUCUUUCAACAAAAUCUUGUUUCUUUUUUCAUCUGGGUUCCACUGAAACUGCUUUCUUUGUUUUGGGCAAGUGUUUUUUCUUCUUUUUUGUGUUGUGAGACAAGAUGGUUGAUGUGUUGACCAAAGCAAAUCUGUUUUCAUGCUGUAAUCCAAAUCAACAUGUUAAUGGCCUCUCUUUGCUUCCAGAAAGCUGUCCCGCUUCGUGUUCUAUGAGGGGUUUUCCAGUGAAAUUGAAAUCACAUGCUUUGAGACUUUUUUCAUCUUUGAGCAGUGAUUUUAAAGGAAAGAGAGUUGUUUUGAGAGAAAAUAAGGGUUUUCCCGGAGGAGGAAAUUCAUCAAAAGGCUCCAUUAAAGCACAGCAGAUCGGCCUUAUAGGGAAAUCCCAAAAGUGGUGGGUAAAGGGGCUGCAACCAAACAUGAGAGAGGUGGACUCUGCACAAGAUCUUGUAGACUUCCUUCUGAAUGCUGGGGACAAACUUGUUGUUGUUGAUUUCUUUUCUCCUGGUUGUGGUGGCUGCAAAGCUCUCCAUCCCAAGAUAUGUCAAUUGGCAGAGAUGCACCCAGAUGUGCAGUUUCUUCAGGUGAAUUAUGAGGAGCACAAAUCCAUGUGUUAUAGUCUGAAUGUUCAUGUGCUGCCGUUUUUCCGGUUUUACAGAGGGGCUCACGGGCGACUGUGUAGCUUUAGCUGCACUAAUGCCACGAUCAAGAAAUUUAAAGAUGCUUUGGCUAAGCACACUACGGACCGUUGCAGCCUUGAGCCAACAAAAGGGCUGGAGGAAAAAGAACUCGUUGCAUUGGCUGCUAACAAAGACCUCUCCUUCAACUAUACACCAAAACCACAACCAACACCUGCCCCUGCCGAAGUGGAAUUACCUGUACCACAUGUAGUCACACCUCAUACAAUCUCAGAUCUCGUCUUACCUCUUCCUUCAACAACCGUAAAAUCUGGUCAAGACAGUAAAGAAAAACCGUUAGUUGCUUCUGGGAGAUGAUGCGGUUAGUUUUUGCCAGCCCCACCGUCCUCCAUUACCCUUUUACAGGUCCAUUUUGUGUUCUUUCUUUCAUGUAAAAUAUCCAAGGCCAGAAAAGUGAACAAACUAGUAGAGGUUUAAUCAUACUGUAUGUGUGUCCCAAAGGAAUUGCAGGCUCUUGGAUUUAGUUUUUUGGAUCCUAGCUUGCUGAUCUCAAGGGUGUUUGAAGAGCAAAUCUCUUUUGUGUUUUGUUGGUUUGCUCUUGUUGGAGGCUAGCCCUUUGUGGUUGUAAAUAUCUUUUAGUUUCCUAUUUGAGUGAUGAAAAGAUACUUUUUAAUCCAUAAAAGCUAUAUAUAUAUAUAUAUAUAUAUAGAGC